AUGACUGGAGUCUUUGACAGUCUGGUGGCUGAUAUGCACUCGACCCAGAUCACGGCCUCCAGCACGUACCACCAGCACCAGCAGCCCCCAAGCGGCGGCGGCGCUGGCCCCGGCGGCAGCAACGGCAGCAGCCUCCACAAGCCCCAGGAGUCGCCCACACUCCCGGUGUCCACAGCUACCGACAGCAGCUACUACACCAACCAGCAGCACCCGGCGGGCGGCGGCGGAAGUGGGGGCUCGCCCUACGCGCACAUGGGUUCCUACCAGUACCACGCCGGCGGCCUCAACAACGUCCCUUAUUCCGCUAAGAGCGGCUACGACCUGGGCUACACCGCCGCCUACACCUCCUACGCACCCUACGGGACCAGUUCUUCCCCGGCCAACAACGAACCUGAGAAAGAGGACCUCGAGCCUGAAAUCCGGAUCGUGAAUGGGAAGCCAAAGAAAGUCCGGAAACCCCGUACCAUCUACUCCAGUUUCCAGCUGGCGGCUCUUCAGAGACGUUUCCAAAAGACUCAAUACCUCGCCCUCCCCGAGCGAGCGGAGCUGGCGGCGUCCCUGGGCCUCACCCAGACUCAGGUCAAAAUCUGGUUCCAGAACCGCCGGUCCAAGUUCAAGAAGAUGUGGAAAAGCGGUGAGAUCCCCUCGGAGCAGCACCCUGGGGCCAGCAGCUCGCCACCUUGUGCGUCGCCGCCGGUGUCGGCGCCGGCCUCCUGGGACUUCAGCGCGCCACAGCGGAUGGGGAGCGGCGGCGGCCCGAACAGCGGCGGCAGCGGCGCGGGCAGCUCGGGCUCCAGCCCGAGCAGCGCGGCCUCGGCUUUCCUGGGCAACUACCCGUGGUACCACCAGGCCUCGGGCCCCACCUCACACCUGCAGGCCGCCGCGCCGCUGCUGCACCCAACGCAGACCCCGCAGCCGCACCACCACCACCAUCAUCACCAUCACCACCACGGCGGCGGCGGGGGCGCCCCGGUGAGCGCCGGGACGAUUUUCUAA